AUGGAUACCAAGGGUGGGUUUGCUUUGGUUCUGCAGAAUCCGUAUCUAUGUGGCGUGGCAUCGUUCUCAACCCUGGGCGGGUUACUAUUUGGUUAUGAUCAGGGUGUGAUCAGCGGAGUCAUUACCAUGGAGUCAUUUGGGGCUCGGUAUCCGCGCGUUUUCUCAGACAGUGGUUUCAAGGGCUGGUUCGUUUCGACACUGUUGCUGGCUGCGUGGUUGGGGUCUUUGAUUAAUGGUCCUAUUGCCGAUCGCAUUGGACGGAAAUUGUCUAUUAAUCUUGCUGUUGUGGUGUUCACGAUUGGCUCUGUCAUUCAGUGUGCGGCUAUGAAUAUCCCUAUGUUGUUUGCUGGCCGUGCUAUUGCUGGUUUGGCAGUUGGUCAGUUGACUAUGGUGGUGCCAUUGUACAUCUCUGAGGUUUCGAUCCCUGAGAUUCGGGGUGGUUUGGUGGUGGUACAGCAAUUUUCUGUCACGCUGGGAAUCCUGUUCAGCUAUUGGAUCGACUAUGGAACAAAUUAUAUCGGUGGCACCCGUUGUGCUCCAGAUAUUCCUUACUCGGGCGGUACCACCCUUAAGCCUGUCUUUGAUCCUUACCAUGAUGUUCCUGUUGGUGGCUGUACGGGACAGUCAGAGGCAUCGUGGCGGUUCCCUCUUGCUCUGCAAAUUCUUCCAGCUGUGAUUCUGGGUGUGGGCAUGUUAUUCUUCCCUGACUCGCCUCGCUGGCUAUUGAUGAAGGAACGCGAUGAUGAAUCAAUCACUGCUCUCUCCAAGUUGCGUCGACAGUCUCGUGAUAGCCCCGUCCUCUUGAACGAGUAUCUGGAGAUCAAAGCUUCUAUCAUGCUAGAGAACACUUUCGCAAGGGAAAACUUCCCCAAUCUAUCUGGAUACAAGCUACAUGUGGCUCAGUACAUGUCCUUCCUAACCACAUGGGCCCGCUUCAAGCGCCUAGCCAUCGGAUGCAUUGUGAUGUUUUUCCAGCAAUUCAUGGGCUGCAACGCAAUGAUUUACUACGCCCCUACAAUCUUCGCCCAGCUCGGUCUGGACGGAAACACCACUUCCCUUCUUGCAACAGGUGUCUACGGCAUCGUAAACUGCCUAAGUACCCUCCCAGCACUCUUUUUCAUCGACAAAGUCGGUCGUCGCCCAUUACUCAUGGCCGGCGCUACAGGGACCUGUAUCUCACUGGUCAUUGUGGGUGGUAUUCUAGGUGGAUAUGGAUCUGGUCUGGUAGACAACAAGUCUGCAGGCUGGGCUGGUAUUGCCUUUAUUUACAUUUACGAUAUCAAUUUCUCCUAUUCGUUUGCCCCUAUUGGUUGGGUUCUCCCUUCUGAGAUCUUUAAUCUGUCCAUUAGAUCCAAGGCUAUCUCAAUUACUACUUCUGCGACGUGGAUGUGCAAUUUUAUCAUCGGCCUUGUCACGCCAGACAUGCUUGAGUCCAUCACUUGGGGCACGUACAUCUUCUUCGCUGCAUUUUGUCUUCUUGCCCUGGCAUUCACGAUAUUCUGCGUUCCCGAAACCAGAGGAAAGACGUUGGAAGAUAUGGAUCUCAUCUUCGGGGAUACAGCCGCCCACGAAGAGAAGAAACGUAUCAAGCACAUUGAAGCCGAGUUACGGGGUACACCGAUCGAAGACGACGAGUUCAUGAAACCCGUCGACGAACAUGCCGAGACAAUCGCUUAG